AUGUCUUCAACAACCACAUCCUCCGUCGCGGCCCAAACAACGGCCUGCACAGGAAAUGUCUACGAACUCCCCACAACAGACGCUGCCUGCGCAGCCGUCAUCACAGGCAACAUGACCGAUGUCUUCAACACCUGCUGCAAAGGCGAUUCCCCCGUGAAAUAUGAUAACGACUGCGGUAUCUACUGUCUCGCCCAAGAACAAACUGUCGACCAGCUCCUUGUCUGCCUUCAAACAACAGGGAACAACUAUCAAGACGUCUUCUGCAAUGACAAGCUGAACGCAACUGCCACAGCCAAGGCAACCACCACUGCUACGGAGACGGGGACCAAGACAUCGACCAGCACCUCAACGAGUACGAGCACAUCGACCAAGAAUGCCGCUGCGGGCCAACCCGUUUCUACGAUGGGAGUUGGCGUUCUUGCUAUGGUGCUCGUUUCCGGCAUACUGGGUGUCUUUGCUUAA